CUUUUUUUUUAAAUUCUUUUUAUUUUAUGAAAAAUAAAAUAAAAUUUCAUAACAAAAUUAUAAGAGAAUAACAACAGUCAAUAUAUUGUGUAUCAUUAUCUUCCAAGUAAUUACUCAGAGUAGGUUCUUAUAUUCUGUUUAAGUGAGAGGAAAUACCUCUGAAAAAAAUUGUACCUAUUCCACAUGACCUAGAUAUCACUAAUUUCACCAGUGAAAACCGUUAUGUUAAUUAACGAAGCCACUUCUGUUGAAGUGCUAGUAUUAGCUUCCUCUAAAGUGUCUUUUUUUUUUUUUUUGAAACAGGGUCUUGCUAUCAAGCCCAGGCUGGCCUUGAACUCUUGAUCCACUUGCCUCAGUCUCCUGUGUAUUGGGAUUACAGAUGGAGGCCAUUAUGCUAGGCUCUAGCUAAGCACUCACACAAACAGGGCAACUUACAUCCCAUAAGUGUAGCUUAGAACUAUCCAGUACAUACAUGCUGUCCAGUGGCUGUGAUGUGCUGCUGGGACUGGAUCUGACUGCCCUCAGCUGUCAGUCCUCUUUAGGGAUUGUCCUGGCUGCAGAAAAUUGUGUCACCCAAGGUCAUGUCUCUUUCAUGGAGAUUUUCCAUGCAGUGAAACAAUUCUAGGUCCUGGGAACUAAAAUACUUGCCUUCUUGGAGCUUUGAUUCUGAUGGAAACAAUAAACAAGGUAAAAUACAAGAAAUAGAAACUGUAGUGUGUUCAAUAAUGAAGUACUAUGAAAAAAAUAAUGAAGUACUAUGGAGAAAAUGUUGGGAAGGGGAGGGUGUGUCUUGGGGAUGGGAUUGGCAGUUUCACUUAGGGUGGGCAGGGAUAAUCUCUACGGGGUGGUCACUGAUCAGGGCAUUGGAGUAAAGACCUGAAGAGGACGAGGGAUGGUGCCUCACGAGUAACUUUCAUCCAUUCUUGCUCCGUCAACCCUGACUCUGACCCUGACGGUUUUACUUGCCUGAGUUCAAGGAUCCCAGUUCAGGGAUUUAGCCCGGAUGUCUGGGCGACGCUGGGCAGCCAGGGGUGGGGUGGAGCCUGUGGCCUGGCUCCGAGCGCUUCCUGCAGGACACGGGCGCGCCCCUCGUGCACCUGCGCACAUCCAGGCAGGUGAGCAGCGGAGGCCUCGGGACGUGACAGGUGCGGCUGCAGGUGUGCGGGUCCCGCCCCGCAGAGCCGCCCCCUCGGGGCGGGGCCACUUCCGGGCCAGUGGCCGGACAUGGGCGGUGGUUUACCGGCUGACCGCGGCGCUGCCCGAGCCCGGAGACGGAGUGCUGCUGUCUGUGAGCCAGGAUCCCUCGGGCCUCUCCCGGGGACAUGGGGCCGCGACCUCCCCGGCUUCCGCCGCGCUCGCCCUGCGUGCAGCUCUGCUCUCCUUCGGCUCGAGUCUGAAGGAGCGGGGCAGCCAUGAGCGCCAACCCCCAGUGGGACAUCAGCAGAGCGCUGCGGGUGGCCAGGCUCUUCCAUCUGAUGUGUGGAGUCCGGGAUGCCUGCGUAACCCCGUUCCUGACGCUCUACCUGAGGCAGCUGGGCUUGGCCGCGCCCUGGGUGGGCGUCCUAAUGGGAAGCAAGCUCCUGGUCGCAGCCUGCUGGAGUCCCUUCUGUGCCUUUCUGGCCAAAAGCUGCCAGAAAAGGAGAGUAUUUCUGGUAGGCUCCCUGCUCGGGUCGGCGGGAGCCAGCCUCUUGAUGGUCCUGGUCCCACCGCUAAACAGAGAUGCUCUGUACCACUCUUGCAAUGGAAGCAGUAGCAUGACCACCACAGUCCUGCCACCAGACGUCACACUCUCUGUGACCGUCGCCUCUGCCCGAGAGUCUGUCACAACCCACCCUGCGGGGCCGCCCAGCCUCCCAGCCAGGAGGAGGCCGGAAGGCUUGGAGGCCUCAGGCUUCCCAGAUGGACCUGGAGAAAGUGAUCAAGAACCUUUCAAGGGGCUGCACUUAGAGGGCUCCCUUAAAGGAGCUGAGGCCACGUCCCAAGUUCUCCAUCCUGUCACUUCAGGAGUGGAAGAUAAUUCCUGGGAAGGCGCUUCUGAGGUGGUCAAUACUACCCUCCUUCUUCCUGGCGAUGCAGCGCUGGGCAGUCCAGCCAAUGUGUCAGAGGCUAAGAGGGAAGCCGGGUCCCUGGAUCUCUCCUCAGAAGGGUUGCAGUGGACUUUCCUCCUCUCCUUGGGCUUCCUAGUGUUCUGGGAGCUGCUGACAGCCCCUCAGGAGCAGGUGGCCAAUGACAGCCUUUAUGAAUACCUGGAUUUUGUUGAUGCCACUGACCGAUACAAAAGCCUGGGGCUCUGGAGAUUACUGGGCAUGUCGACAGGUGUGUGUGGCAUCGCAGCCUUGGUGGGGCGGCUGGACUGCUCCCUGAUGACAAAUGGUACUCGGGGUGUGGUGUACUUCUAUAGCUACUCACUGGUCAGCACCCUGUCCUUACUGGUGAGCAUUGCCUUUCCUAUCCCCACCUGCCAGCAGCAGGAGCCUGGCUACAAAACCAUCAAAGCACUCUCUCUCCUAGGGGACGACCCUCGCAUCCUCCUCCUAGCCCUCACUGUCUUUUUGAUAGGAACUGUCACCAGCACGGUGCAGAACUUUCUCUUUUGGCACAUGGAAGACUAUGGCAGCAGUGAGCUGGUCAUGGGCUUCUCAGUGGCCCUCAGCUUGCUGGGGGAAAUUCUGCUCCACCCGUUUAAAGCUGUGUUGCUUCGGAAACUGUCCAGGGUGGGUGCAGUGGGACUGGGGUUGGGAUGCCUCGCAGGGCAGCUGCUCUACUACUCUUUCCUCUGGAGCUGGUGGUCAGUCUUGCCUGUUCAGAUCCUGAGUGCCAUCAGCAAUGGGGUUUUGUGGUGGGCCGUGGAGGCCUCCGUGGAGGACCUGGCCACUCCCAGCACAGAGAGGCCUCUGAGUACCAUGUUCCGAAGCCACUUCCACAGGGGGGGUUCCAGCCUGGGCAGUUUUGUGGGGGGGUUCGUGGUGAUGAGCUUCAGCCUGGCCAUGCUUUACCGUGCCUGCUGUGUGGUCCUGUUGCUCUGGCUGGCCGUCUUCCUGUGCAUCCAGCCCAGGCUGCCCCAAGAGCGGAAAAUCAACUACUCCAAGCUACUGGUUGUGGAGGGGAGUGACACCAGCGACUCUGAGCCAGGGUCAGAACGGGACUGGCUUGUGAAGGCCAUGAGGGAGGAGCACUCAGACUGCAGAGGCUGAGAGAAGGUCUUAGUGCACUGAUCCGGAAAGAAACUAAUGAGUUGGACAAAAUUCAGUCUGCUGAGAACAGAAUCCCACCCUGGGUUGCAAGGAUCUUGGAGAGAGAAGGCAUUCUAUGCUGAAGGCAUGAUUUUCUUUACUUUUCUAAUGAAAGGUGAUUUGACUUUUUUGGCCAUUAAAUCUUUUUAAAAUAA